AUGUGGUCUUCGUUAAUCUUCACCCUCAUCACAAUAUCUACACUCCUGGUCCAAUGUGCGGCCUUGCCAGUGUCUGAAGACUUAAUAUCUCGACUCACCGAUCCUGCAUCUACCAAGCACACUGACGGCCUCGCACUCCAUGCUGCGGAGCCUAAUCCCGUACUCAAGCCCCAAUUCGCCUAUCCUUCUCAGUCGUCAGGCGUUAGCACUCCUGUAUAUAGCCAGAACACCCACAGAUCAGAUGAAUCGUAUCGGUCGCACGUCGGACAGGGAAUAAUUGGUGGAAGUGUGGGCGGUAUACGUCAACUAAAUUUCCUGACCCAGACCUUCAUUAUCAUGUGGUAUUUGUCACUCAUGGCCCUUCUCGCAAUAUCAACACUACUGUCCCACUGUGCAGCCUUGCCAGUGUCCAAAGAACGGCUUGACGACUCCCCCAGUACACUGACAUCGAACAUCGUACCCCCGAACCUAUCCCCACACCAAAUCAUCAAUCCGCCUAUCCACUACAAGCGUCAGGGUGUUCGCAUUAGCGUGGGCACACCAGUCAUCGUUGCAGGUACUAUAUAUCAGGGGUCUCCCGGACAGGGAAUAGUCGGCACGAAGUAG